AUGUUUCGCAACACGUAUCAGCGUGGCUUUCUGACCGUUUUCUCCAGCAGCGGAAGCAAACCGUUGGAAAUUUGGGAUGUCGUAACGAAGAAUGGUCACACCAAGCGCAAGACAGACGAAGAUCUAAAACUGAUGGUCUUCGAACUGAUGGGAGCCAAUGUGGCGACCACCUAUAUGGUCGCCCCGAGAUGUCCGUGUCCUUCGCUGGGUGUCAAGUUGCCAUUUUUGGUUCUGUUGCUGAAAAAUUUAAAGAAGUUUUUUUCAUUUGAAAUUCAGAUACUAGACGAUCGCAACUUGCUGCGUCGUUUUCGAGCCUCCAACUAUCAGAGCGCGACUCGUGUGGACAACUUCUGUACGGUUAUGCCUUUGGCGCUGACACCCGGUUGGAAUCAAAUUCAAUUCAACUUGGCGGACUUUACGAGGCGAGCCUACGGAACAAACUAUAUCGAAACGGUACGGAUUCAGAUCCAUGCAAAUGUUCGUGUCAGAAGAAUCUACUUCUGUGAUCGUCUUUAUACGGAUGACCAGAUACCGCCUCAUCUGAGACUGCAUCCGCCGUUGCGACCGUGCAAAAUUAGUGACAUGGCCGGACGAAAGGGUAAAAAACCUGCCGAACCGAUAGAGACGGUCCGACCGCCAACGCCAGUAAAGGAAACGGAACGGCAACCAAAUGUAGAGGUGUUGGUGCCGGCGCCGGCACCUUCUCGUGCAGUAAGUAUUGUAGAGCCACUGGAAACAGCCAAGGAACCAGAGCAAUUAGAAACCGCCACAACCAUUGAACAGACUUUACCGACAAACGAGCCUAUACCCGCGCAGGACUGA